CUCCUCAGCUUGGAGAAGAUAGGGAACGCGCAGUUUAUUUUGUUUUAUUGUAUGUCUAUCGACGCUGCCCUCGGUGUUACAAGUCUAUCAACAAAAACAAUUCCUACAUUGGCGUGUGGACUAACUUAGUCUUCUGAGCUAUUUUGGCACUAAACCUAAUCUAACCAUUAAAGGAGCAUAAAUUCUUCAAAAUCUGUUGGAGAAAUAGUAACUUUUAUAAAAUAGAAUCAUGUCUCUUUUUCCAGCUUAUUCGAGCGAUAAAACUGAAUUAACGAGUCACAGCAAUGCAGAUGCUUCCACCGAGUGGUUAUCAAAUUCAAGUUUUUGCACAAAAGUACCAUGCCACAGCAAAUCUUUUGAUUAUUCUUCUUCGGAUUCUUCCGCUAGUGAAAGUGGAUCUUUACAUGAUGUGUCUAAAGUGCAAAGUCAAGUUUGGUGUACCACAACUUCUUCAAAUACAAAGACACACGCAAAGCAGAAGGAACUGAGAACUGAUAAAAAACACAAGAAAAGAAAAAAAAACCAUGUACAUGAAAGCAAACACAAGCCAGAAUAUGAACAAGAUGUUAAGAAUGUAUACUUUGAAGAUAAACACAGAGAUAAAGGAAAUAAUAUAGAUACAAAUUAUUCUAAAAGAUCAAGACCAUUUUAUGAUAUUAGUACAAGAUCUAUUGGUUUUAUCAAUCACAAACAACCUAAAAAAGAUGUAUUUCAGAGAUAUUAUUUAAAAAAUAUUGAUCUUGUUGAAGCAUUGAAAAAAAAAGAUAAAGGAUGUAAAGGAAUCAUAGGGAAAGAAACUUCAAAAAGAGAUGAAGAGACAAGUAAAAGUUCAUCUUCAUGGUGUAAGAAUUUAGAGGAUGAACAAAAAAAUAAAAUUCAAGAAUAUAAUGAACAUUUAAAAGAGGACCCGCACAAUGUGAAACUUUGGCUGCAAUAUAUUGACUUUCAGGAUACUUUGGUUCAAUAUCAGAGACAUCAAUUAGCUAAAAAUAUAUACCGAUCAUUAUUAUUGAAAAAGUUAUCUAUUGUGGAAAAGGCACUAGAAAAAAAUAAAGAUUCCAAAGAAUUAUUAAAAGUAAAGUUACAUUGCAUGAUGGAAUUAACACCUUCUGAUGAACUUUCUAAGGAAUUAGAAACACUAGUUCAUAAAAAUUCAGACAAUAUUAUGUUAUGGCAACAUUUUAUGAUGGUCACACAAACUUCAGUUGCAAUGUGUAGCGUACCACGUGUGUUGGAGUUGUAUUCAAAAUAUUUCCACGUCCUAAGGAAGCAUUCCCAUAUGAAUGCUUCUGUUUAUGAUGCACAGCUGCUGUACAUGAUAUAUGAAUGCUUAACUUUUCUAAGACAUACAGGAUUAUGGGAACAAAUGAUCGAAACAAUACGUUUAAAUCUGAAUUUAAAUCUGGACUUAGACAAGAAAAGUUUAUCAUUUCAAGGAUCUAUAGAUGAAAAGAAAUUAAUUGAAAUGGAAGAAAUGAUAUUGAUGUCACGUUUACCGCUCAAUCAAUUGUGGCAAAGAACAGAAUCCUUAAGAGAGCAUUGCCAUUGGAUUAGCGUCAGCAGAGAAGAAUUAGAUUUAGUGGGAGAUAGUCGAAGAUUUAUUUUACCAGAAGAUGUAGCAGACUUUGUUCAUCCAGUUCUUUCUCGUAACUCAAAUUUUCAAAUGGCUAUCUAUUUUCUUUUAUGUCUAAAAGUACCACUUCUACCUUGUAGAGAUUACUAUAUAAAAGAGUUAUUAAUGGAAGAAGUUCAUUGGGAAGUUGAGUCUCUAGAAGUGUUGCUUCCAUUCAUGUGUCCUAUGAUAGGCGAAAUGACUGCUCACGAGCAGAGAAAAGAAAUGUUGAAGGAUGUUCUUCAAGGAUGUUUAACAUCAGGACCUCAAUAUCUCAAGUUUCAUCCGGCGCAAGAACCGUAUCUAGAUUUUGUACGUAAAAUAUUUCAUACAAUUGCGGAAAGUUUACCAUCGCUACAACGAACAAGUAUAUAUGUCUGGUGGUUACGAUUGGAAAGGCUAUUGGUUUUUUUAAGCAAAGAUGAACCCUUAAAAUAUGAUAACAAAAGAAAGAGACUCAGGACAACAAUAAAGGAGUUUUUAAAAAAAGAUGAAAAUAGAAAUAACUUAUAUUUUUAUAAAGAAUACGCUUUGAUAGAAUUGGAAAUGGGCAGAUUCAGCACUUGCAUGAAUAUUCUUGAGACUGCCAUUCAAUCUCAAGGAACGUGCCCUUCUGCCAUCACUGAUUUAAAUACAAGAGCAGCGCUUUUCAGCGUGUACAGAACAUUCAUUGAAUGUCUGCUUGAUAUUAGAACGUACAAUGAAUCACAUAGACAAUGGGCAUUAAAAGUUUUUGGUCAAAUGAUAUCUGGCAAAAGUGAAGAUCCAAAUUUGCUAGUCGAAACUUAUCUUCGUUCAUGUGUAAAAGAGUUUUUACAAACGCCUUAUGAUGAAAAUAAAAAGGAUAUUUUCUUUUUAUCGAACUUGGAGUGUGACGCGAUUGUAUGCUGUGCAUACUAUUUGUACAUCAGAGAUGACGAUAUUCAACCUGUUAUCGAGAUACUGACAAAUUGUAUUGAUCAUUUUGAACGUUAUUCUCAUUCUCAGGAAAUGUUAUAUGAAAGUCAAAUUGCAAUUUUGCAAUUGCAUUACGAGAAAACUAAAACUUCACAGACUGCAUUGAAAGAAACAUUGAGUAAAGCUUUAAAUAUAUAUCCAAAUAAUUUUUAUGCUCUUUCCGUAUUUGCUAACAUAGAGAGUGAAUUACCAACUUGGAGAUUCAAUAGCAGAAAUACGAAUAUUGAGUUAUGGCGAGCUAUGGCAAUGUGUCUGGCUGCUCGCAAACGUAUCAGUUCUUUAAUGAAACUUGGUCAUACAGAUGCUAUAAAUGCUACAUUAAAUAAAUUAUUAUCCUUUCAUCAAACACUUUCUACGAUACCAUCGACUAGACAUUGCCCACUCUUAUGGAGACUGUAUAUGCUUCUUCUUCGAGAACACAAUUUGUGCGAGAAAAAAGGAGAAGAAAUUUAUCACGAGAGUGUAGCACACUGUCCUUGGGCAAGAAGCAUUUACAUAGAUGCGGCCGAAGUAGCGCCUCAACUUCUUACGCAGAUUCAGGAUAUAAUACGCGAAAAAGAAUUGAGAAUGCAUGUCACGCCUGAAGAAUUGAAUAUUCUUCGUGGAUAAUAUAUGUUUAUUUGUUAUAUCUACUUGUAAGAAAACACAAAAAUGUAAUAUAUAAUGUAAU